AUGCCACUUUUCGCAAAACCAGUGCAGGCCUAUCUGGACUCCACUGCUGGCCCAAAAGCUUUCCGAAGCCCAGAAAAGCUCAAGAGGAAAAUUUCAAGUGUCGACAUUUCGCCCCUUACAUUUUCUGCUAAGCGUACCAAGAUCGAGUCGCGCGACAUAACGCCUCCCGCAGAUGAUGUCGGCGCGCCCUGCGAGGAGCCGGAGCCCACGGCGGCCGGCAUACCCGCAGUCGCUGGCGGUGUGACUGACCAACCAAGCCCUGACACUAGGCAGGUCCAAAGUGUUAUUCAGUUUCAACUCAGUCUGGAAAUACUGAACAAGCACAAUGAGCUGCGGUUAAUAGACCAGGAGCUGGCCAAAUGCCAGAUCGCUCUGGAACAGUUGCGCAGAUGUCACCUGAUCCCCUACCCCGUCACAUGUCCAACUCCCGAGCAGAUGCUGGACAUCAGCAGCGGCAAGGGCCCUGCCAUGCGCAAGCGUCCAGGCGAACCGGUGCCGGAGUGGGCCGCCCCCUAUGGAGUAGUAGACGGCCCUUACGCGCGCCACUAUGCCAAGUGGCUCAUCCCUGAUCCCAAGUUUGAUGGCCUUCUGCCGGCCUGGCAGGGACUGGGCGGCCAGGCCAGCGCGCCAGUGAGUGCGAUGGAAGGUAGGACGACAAGGAACAGUGUUGGUGAAAGCGCCGCUCCGGGUAACUCUCGCGGCGCUCGAGCGUCUGCGAGCUCCAAGCUGCAUUCACUCAACACAGGUUACGCCCAGCCGAAGCAGAAGGCGCCCUGUGUCUUGAAACGCUCCGACGGGAAAACGGUCAAGCUUGUAUGUGUCGACUGUCACCGCGAGAACUUCAGUAGCACCCAAGGGUUUAUCAAUCAUUGUCGAAUUGCUCAUAAACGGGAUUACAAGAGCCACGAGGAGGCUGCGGUUCACUGUGGGCACCCAAUCGAAGUCGAUGAAGUUGCCGGAUCCGGUGUCGCUGGCAGUGUUGCUCCCACUGGCGCCAGUGCAGGGCCCAGUGCAGCGAGCGCCACUGAGGAUCGAGUGGCUGGAGCAGGGCCUUCACCCCCGGUUCCAGCUUCUGGCCUGGUUCACAGUUUUGCUCGGACAGAUAUGUCAGAACAAGAAGCUUUUGCUUUCCUCGAGACUCGCUUGGACGCCGCUCUCAAGUCAUACACUGAGCGCAAGUUGCCUCUUCCAGUGCCUCAGGCCUCUUCCACCAAGACGGAGCACAGGUCGUCUGGUAGCUCUUCCGUCAGCGCACCUGAGGCUCCGCACCUUUCUCGGUUGUUGAUGCGCAAGGAUUUGAACAUCGACUUAGGUCUGCAUGUAGCAGACGCCAAAACUAAAGAAGAUAUCUCGGAUGUGUACAUGGCUGAUGAUGACGAAGACUCGGAGGAGGGCGAGGAAACCGCCAAGACUCAGUUCAGUCCCGCUGUCAGCCGCACCCCGGGUGUUAUGCGCAUGCCGGCGAGAGCUCCAGCUGCUGCCGUAACAGCGCCUUGCGUGAACGGUGCCAAGGGAUGCUCUCCUCACAUGACUCUGGCUACGCCCGUAGCUACGCCUACAACAGAAGUUUCACAGCCGGCUGUCCUAUUCGAUGAUGAUAUGGACGUCGAAUUGAGCCCAAACACUUUGGUCAGCAAUAACGCACCGUCCCUUGUUAGCGAUGAUAGCGAGUACGAUGACUCGGACGACGGUAGCUCGUCGGACGUGAGUGAUAGUAUGGACCAGGAUUCAGUCACUGAGAUAAAGCUCGAGGACGAACACGAACUGGCGCCACGCGUGAUCGGCAAGGGCUCGUCGGCGGUCAACCUGAAGAAAGAGGAAUCUAGACACGUGACAUUUGUGAGCCCUGUACGUGGCGCUGGGAAAGAAGGCCGGCGGAGGAAGAAUAGCUCUCGGCAACAGCAGUCGCGCGUGCAAGGAGGCGCCAGAGACAUUUUGCCCUGA